GUAAUAAAUAACCCGCUAAAGUUCGGACCGUAGAGAAAGAAUCGAAAAGGGACUCAGAAGGAACUCUCCUGAGCCUUUAACGUCAAAGUUCGUUGGUACGCGCGGACCACAACAGCAAAGCGCCAAAUUCGCUAUCUCUGGAAUCAUGAAUGAACAGGACGAGAUCAUCAAUAGAAUGCCGAUACGACUAUCCAAUAGAUUAUCCCUGCAAAUUCACCAGUUUCCACUGCUAUCUCGUCCUCUUCAAGCGCCUCCUUCCGCUGAAGCUAGUGGGAAGCGGAUCACUGCGCGAAUAAAACCUCAAUCUCGCGUGCUGGAAAUCCACGUACCUGCCGACACUCGUACUGAAGUAUACAACAGCGAACGAGGCCAUGAAUUUGGGAAAGGUCAACUGGACGAUGAUCGUGAAAAGAACCAGGAGCGAAAGGGAGGUAAAGGAAGAGAAGGAGAGGAGCCACGGUUGGCAGAAAUACGCUUAAGGAGUGAAGAGAUUCCGCAUCGAGGUGUUCAAAUGCUGGGGAUUGUUCAUGAAAAUGAACUUCACCUGCAUCCUAUCAGUGCAACGCAUCAGUUCCGACCCACGCUUACUUAUCUUGACAUUUUAUCUCGCAAAAGCAAACGACGAGGAGGCGAUGACUCUGAUUCUGACUCUGAUGAUGGACCUCCACCAGAUCCAGAUGAACCUGUCCCUGUAACAGCAGCCAAGAAGAAGGAGAAAAAGGCAACCGCUGGUGACGCGAAGGAAGUUCAGGUUUCUGCCCGACGAACAGAUGAUAAGGCUGGUAAUCUUUCCCAGCUAUCUAAUGCUAGGAAAGAGAUGCUUGCGAUAAUCCGCGCUGAGCAGGACGAAUCUUGGCAGGAUCUCCAAUUUUGUGGAAUGACGACGGAAGAAGCUGGCCAUUCUCUAGAUCAAUUCUUUUCCUAUAGAAGCGAGGAGUUGCACUGUAGUACAGAUGUAACUACAUUCCUUACAGCUGCACAAAAAGCGUAGGGAUCUUAAGCUUGGGCCGAAUACGGCGAAUGG